AUGAAGAUUACAAAGACGCCGAAGCGAAAACCCGAGGUUUUCGCGGAGGUCGCUUCGUUAUGUGCGCGGGUGGCACAGGCUUCCGAUGCGGAGCUCGCUGAUGUGUUGCUUGGUGUGCAGCAAUGGGAAUGGCCGCGCGGGGAUUUGUAUACGUGGACGGGCGUGCUGAACCGGUUCGAUGCGCUCUUGGAAGAAGUGUGUACCACGCAUAGCUUCGAUCCACUGCAGAGCGGUGCGUUUUCACCGGAUAGCAAGCACCUUCUUCUCAGCAUCUUGCACUUUUCCCUCCUGUUGCUGGAGAACUGUAUGAAUCGGAAACUGUACGCGUCGUACGAAUGGCUCGACAAACUUUUGGCCACGAGCGACUGGGACGUGCUCCGCGCUGUGCUGCAUCUGCUGCUGCUUCCUGCACAGCAGUACAGCGGCUCGGGCAACCCACGCCACGAGCUUCCGGUGCGCCGCGCGCGGCUCGCAGCGCUCGCCACCGUAUGGCCGCCACGCGAUGCUGGCAUAGGCUUCUUGCCAGUUGCCUCAGAGUCUGCGCCGCCGCUUCCAGCCGCGCUGCAGACCGUGCAUACCCACUACUACCGACGACGGAGCGUGAAAACGGGCGAUGCGCCUGGGACGCCGGCCAAAGAAGGCCUUGUGCGCGUCCAGAUCGAUCUCCAUAGCGACCCUCGCACGCCCACCGAGAUCGUCGAGGCGACGCCAGACCGUGCGUUUAUGUCGCACGACGAGCUUUUUGAGCUGUACCAAAAGGUGCGUGUCACGUUGGCCUACAGCCAUCCGCACACACGCCGCCAGAGCCUUGUGUGCCGCCUGCUUGCCAUGGCGUGCUUCUCGCACACGAUGAACGACGCCAUGGCAAACGCGCGCCUCUUUUUGGUGGAGCCAAAUUUGAUUCCCCGCCUCGUCGACCUCGUCGAGCCGCGCCUGGGCCUGGACGGCUGGAUCCAAAGCGCGGCGCUCUAUGCGCUCGAGAGCAUGGCGCACUUUCGGCACCGGCUCCAAGAGAUUCUAGCGGCCCUGAAUGCAUCUGUCAGCCACGGCGUCCUGCUGCAGAGUCUCGGGGUGGUGACCGAAAAGCUCUGCGCGCUGUCCGAACCCGAUGCGAAGCUUGCCGUGUACGUCGACAGCCUCAUGACGCUGGUUGCCUACCUCGUCACCACCGUAACCGGAAGUACCAUGAUCGUGGGCGCCGGUCUGAUGCCGUACCUUAUCGAGCUCGCCAAGCUCGGACAGUCGCCGCAUUUCCUAGCGCAGCGCACGGCGUCGCGCGCGGUGGGCUUGCUAGACAAUUUGAUGUUUGCCUAUCCCCCAUCUUUUGCGCCGUUUCUCGACGCAAAAGGCCCGGACGAAAUGGUGUCCUGCGUUCAGAUUAUGGCCACGCACGGCAGUACGCUCCACGCACCGCUCGCUUUUGGCCAAACCACGUUUUUGCGCAACAUUUUGAAAAUGUUUAUGCACCUCAUGGCCAUGCCGGGAACGGGCGAUGGGCUGCGCACCCUUGUUGAUACCUCCCUCCUGGACUCGAUCCGUGUCAUUAUGGAGCACCGCACCGUGUUUGGCCCCCAAGUGCUUUCGCUCGCCGUGAGCAUCAUGGCGACGUUUGUGCACAACGAGCCGACGCUAUUGACCAUCAUCCAGGAAAAAGGCCUUUCCCACGUAUUUAUCCAGCUCGUCCUCUCCGACACAGAGCCGAACUUUGAGCUGAUCACCGCGAUUACCACGGCCAUCGGCGCCUUGUGCCUCAACACUGCGGGUCUCGAGCAGGUGGCUGCGACGCCCCUCGUCGCCAACCUGCUCGGCAUCCUCCACUCGCCGCGACACCAAAAAAUUUUGCUCGACCGCGACAAUGCGAACGCGUUUGGCGCAUCGAUCGACGAGCUCGUCCGCCACCACCCCUCGCUGAAUGCGGGCCUGCAAGGCGGCAUCGCUGACGCGAUGCAUCACGCACACAAAGAGGCGCAGCAGUUUACGCCGCCCGCCGACGAGGCAGAGCGCGCGCACUAUGUCUUGCUCCCGGUAGACCAAGCGGCGCCCAUUGCCCUGCACCCUACCAUCCGCGUCCAAGACGUAAAGCUCGACGAGCCCGACAAUUUCCUCUCGGACGCGAUUCCCCGCGAGAUCAAUCCUGCCGUGGCGCAGUUUGACGUGGUGUGCCGCUUCCUCGAAGGCCUUUUCCGCACGCCGCAGCACUGCAAAGCGUUUAUCGAGUGCGACGGUCUCGCGCACAUCUUGCGCUUUUACUCCACACCCUGCCUCACCUACAACUUUGCCGCAUCCUCUCCGGCCGACUCGUUUGUCACCCUGCUGCGGCAGAUGACCGACAUCAGCCCCGGCUCGGUGAUCGUCGCGCUCCUGCGCGAAAUACACGCCUCGAUCGCGCCCAUGGCGCCAUUCACCCAAGGCGACACACAAGCCAAGUCGAUCUACGCCACGCUCCUUGCGCCGUCGGCAGACGCACUUUCCGAGGCAAAUACCAUCUUUCGCACGCUCGUGAGCCUGAAUGUGCGCGCACACCUCUUGUCGGAUAUCUGCCAGACAUUCAGCUUCGCCGGCAUCAAGCUCCCCCUCCAGUUUUUGCAAACGCUCAACGACGGCGGCAGCAACGUGGUGGGACUGCAGCCCUUGUCCGAUUUGCACCGUGCGUGCGCAUUUGAAAACUUCUUGCUCAAGGCCGCCGUGGCCGACGCGCAGCCUGGCGAAGGGACGCCGCUUGCGCGGAACAUCACCGCUGUCAGCUAUCUCGCCUCUCAAAUCCCCAUCUCUUUGCGCGCAUUUUUCGCCGAAACGGUGCGUAUGCUGAAUCCGCGGCGCACCGUCGAAGUGGCAUACCGCCCCGCGGCGAUGAAAACAGCCGCAGACGUCGGUACCAUUUUGCACAAACUCGUGUUGCUGCGCGCGACGCCCAACGCGAUAAACAACACUGCCGAGCUUGCCUACGAGCUCCAGGUGGUGCACGGGCUUUUGUUUGGCGAGCGGGCGCCCACGAUGCACGUCCAGACCAUUGUGCUCGUAUCGUUUGACCGCGAAGGCGGCAUCGACGCGCUGUUCGCCAGGCUGUACGAGCUCCUCACCAUCCUGCAGCACCACACGCCGCUCCAUGUCGACGAGGCCAGCAUCACGGGCCAUGCGAACCAUGCGCUGCGCAUCGGCCUCGACAUUGUCUACCGCCUUGUCAAUGCCCGCUCGCUCAUCGAGUCGCAGCACACCGCGGUUUUGCAGCAGCGCGACAUGAACGAGCCCUUCGAUCCGCGCUACAUGCUUAUUUCCCUGCGUGCCAAGUCGUUUGCAUUCCUCCGCACGCUGUGGGAUGCGCCGUGGCUUGCACAGCUGCCGCUCCCGACGAUCCGUCUGCUGAGCGACGGCUUGCUGGUGGUGCUCAAGGCAGACAGCGAAGUGGCGCCGCGCCGCGCGGAAGAGCCGCCCGGCGCUGGGAACACGUCAUUGUUGAGCUCUGCUUUCGGCUCUUUUCCACGGCGCACCUCGCCGCUUGGGAUGCGCGAGCGCCAAGUAGCGGUGGACGAGACACGCGUCGAGCAGCUUGUCGAGAUGGGCUUUUCGCGCGGCAGUGCGCGCCGUGCUUUGCAGCGCACGCACAACAACAUCAGCGCCGCCACCGAGCACAUUUUCCAGCACCCUGAGCUGGCCGACGAGCGCGACGAGCUGCCCAAUGUUGAGGCAGACGCCUCGGAAGAGAUGGACGAGGACGGGGCGCACGAUGCGGCGAACCCACUCGCCAUGCUCGCUCCAUACAUACUAGCCAAUGCAAACGAGCCCGAGGCGAAGCAGCACCCCGAAAAAGAAACGCUGGAUCGCGCGCGCGACACGUUCAAACAGCACAUGUUUGCGCGCGCAUUGGCGCUCGCCGACGCGCAUGAGCCGUACGUAUUUGACGUGAAAAACAUAUUUCUUUUCCUUGCCAAGACCAAGGACGAGUCGCGCAAGCUGUGGGAAGGGGUGGUGCAGGGCGUCGAGUCGGAUGUAGACGUGUUUGGGGACGCACAGCAUUUCCUUGCCGUGCGCCUGCACCUCGCUGCGAUUCUGCUCGCGGCAGAGGAGGUGCAGGUGCAGCUUGCUUGGGACAUGCUUCCUUCGUUUUGCCAAACGCUCACGCAGCUGGUCGAGCAGCAGUCGCAUGCAAUGGACCGGAAAGCUUCUUGGUUUACGCCUGCGCUCCUCUGUCUUUCCAUCGCGCUCGGUAUGGCCGAGGAGAUGACAGAGCCCAAGCUUGGCGAGGAGCCCAUGCCGCUCAUGCCUGCAGAGCACGCCACGUUUCUGCAUACGAUGCGCACUGCGCUUCUCGCGCCAGCGCUUGGAUUCCUCGAGGCGCACGAAAAGAUUUCGCACGAUGCGCUUCUGGGCGUGUACCGUCUCUUGGUGCUGAUUACACGCGAGGCGUCUGCCUCCGCGUCGUUUUUCGCGCAGCAAGGUGUGCCCAUGCUCCUUGCGCCCUUUCAAGCGCGCCAGCAGGGCCAGGCAUCGGGCUGUCAGCGAUUUGCAGUGAUGGUGCUGCGGCACGUUGUGGAGUACGCUGGUAUUGUUGACGCGCUCAUGCAGCGCGAGAUCCAUGUCUGGGUCGCGAAUCAGUUCCGCGCACGCAACUCUGAGAGCGCGAGUUUUACGCGCGGGAUGGCGUAUGCGGUGUCGCGCGACAUGCACGCGUUUGUGCGUGCUGCAGAGAAGCAGGUCGAGAUUCUUGAUUUUGAAGAGGGCAAGAAUCAGGCCUACUUGCGGCUGCGCAGUACCGAGGCGCCGCCAUUGGACGACGUGUCGGGGGUGGAAGCGCCUGUGGCAAAGGUGGUGCAGCACCUCUUGACCGAGCUUGUGCGUGUGAUGAACGAGCGGGGCGGAGAGGAGGAGGAGGAGGAGAAGGAGAAAAAUGUGCUUGGCAGUGCGCAAAAAAGCCCGGCUGCAGAGGAUGUGCAUAUCACGGUGGAAUCAAGGGGCUCUUCUACGAUGGAACUGGGCGACUUUUCUGCAGAGGCCGCAGCGGAUUCUGAGGAUACCUCUGUAGAGGCCGCAGAAUCCGUGCAUCCUGCUGCAAACGCUGCAGUGGAACCAGAAACGCCGUCUUCCCCCUCCGCCCCACUCUCGGAAGCCGAAGCACGUCUCUCGUACAUGUACUUUCUCCUCCAGAGUAUUGCCGAGCUUGUCUCUUCCUACGUGAGCUGCAAGCAAAGCUUCCUCCUUUUCCAUGCCAAGAUGGACGACGAUACGCGCUCCCGCUCCAUCCUCUCCAUCUUCUUGCACCGCCUCGUUCCCGCUGGAUUCUUGAAAAACUUUCCUGAGACAGCGCUGCGCAAACGCAUGGCCGAGUCGAAUCUUGCGAUGAUGGUCCUUGUUGGCCUCACCGCCGAUCCUGCGCCCGCGCCCGAGGCUCGCCAAGUGCCAGAGUCGCUGGUCGCCGUGCGGAAAAGCGUGCUGGACCAUUUGCAUCGAGUGCUGCGCGACGCGACACUCUCCACCGAGCCCAUCGAGCUGCGCUACGGCCGCCUCUACGCCUUCUCUGACCUGUGCACCCGGCUCCUCACUGCGCAGCCGCACCAAGCGAGCACCAGCGCCAUGACCAAGCAGCACACCGAAGUUGCGCUGCACAUGGCCAAGACCAUGCUCGAGAAAAACUUUGUCACGGUGCUUACCAGCUCGCUCGCCGACGUCGAUUUGAACAUGCCUUCGGUCAAGUCUCUCCUCGACGCCGUCCUUCGCCCCUUGGAGCACUUGACCAAAGUCGCGAUGAAGAUGGCCAAGUCUGCGCGGCGCAUUGCCGAAGAAGAAGCCGAGGCGGAGCAGCAGUCCUCCACGGACCUCGACGAGGGUACAGAUGCAUCCAUGUCCACCGAUGCCUUUGACGAGGACGACGAGGAAGAGGAGGCGACUGCGCCUGAUUUCUACCGCAACUCGAGCCUUGGCAUGCACACGGGCGAGAUGGAACAUGGCGCGUACGACGACGAGGACGUGAGCGAAGAGGAAGAAGAGGACGACAUGGACAUGGAAGAGUACGACUCCGAGUCCGGCUCCGAGCUCAGUACGGACGAGGAAGGCCUCGAUGGCGAUGCUGCACACGUCGUCGAAGUCAUGGACGAAGACAGCCAAGGGAGCGAGGAGAGCCAAGACAGUGACCAAGGGAGUGGUUCGGAAGAAUUCGACGACCUCUACGACGAAGCGCUCUCCGAACGCGACUACGACUACGUGGUCGAAGAUGACGAGCACGAGCAAGAGGCCAACGACGUCGGCGACAUCCUCGAGGCGAUCGACGGCAUGGAGGCCGGCGGCGUCCUCGACGAGAACGACGAGGAAUCUAUCCAGGAGGAUUUGUUUGACCAGGACGCCAUCGAUCAGCUCGAGCUCGAGGACGACAGCCAGUGGCCUCCCCUCCCCAACCACGGCGCAGCGCCGAGCUGGGACUGGAUCCAGCCCGGACGCCGCGGCCCGCGGCCGCUGCAGGCGCCUCCCGUGCACCCGUCCACCUUUUUCCUCACAGGAGAAGCCGACGCACAGCGCCCUCUCCGCGACCAGCACGAAGAGGGCUCGCCUGAUGCCGCCUUCCACCCCCUCCUCGACGAUCCCGACGCCAACGAGCACGGGCCGCGCCGCAAUAUGAUGCACAAUGCGGGCUUCCAGGACAUGGCGCGCAAUAUGGAGAUGCUUGUGGGCGGCAACACCAUGCAGGUCCUCGAAAUGCUCCUGCACCGCGGCGCCCAGCACGGUCAGGACGCAAAUAUCCGCAUCGAAAUGCCGCAGAACGGCCGCGGCUUUCCGCGGAUGCACAUCACCAAUCUGGGCGAGGGCCCGGCGCGCCCGGCGCAGCCGCGGCGGCGCACGUCGGACAUGGUCGCCGAAGCGCAUCGCUUUACGGUGCUGCCCACCAACCUGCGCUGGGCAGAAGAGGCGCGCCUGGCGCACGGCUUGUGCACCAACGAGUACGCCGAGUCUGUGCGCCACCACCUGAUCAAUGCACUUUUGCCUGCGUACCGCGAGCGCAAGCGCAGCGAGACGAGUGCACGCCACGAAAACGAGCAGGCGCUGCAGAAAACCAAGGAUAUGCGCGACGAGACUGCGAAGCAGCUCUCGGACAGCAAGCGCAAGCUGCAAGCGCUCGAAGACGCUGGCGAUGCGCCGCAACGCACCGACGCGCAGCCCUCCGCGCCUUCUGACGCGCCGCGCGUCACUGUCUCGGUCCACGGCGAAACGGUGGACUUGACCGAUACCGGGAUCGAUCCCACCUUCCUCGAGGCCCUCCCCGACGAGCUGCGCGAAGAAGCGCUUCUUGGCCAGCAGCCCGGCACACGCUUGAGCGACGCACCGAUGAUUGCGCCCGACUUUUUAAACGUACUUCCCGCUGCACUGCGCCGCGAAAUCGCAGCGGCCGGCACCGGCAGCAGCGGCGAUGGAGAAGCAUCGCGCCCUGCGCCUGCGCCUGCGCCUGCGCGCGAGCCGACGUCGCUGCCGAGCACACCGAAGCCCAAAGGCGAUCUUCCGCGCGACACGAUUCAACUGCUCGAUGGUGCGGGCAUUGCCACGCUCGUGCGUCUCCUCUACUUUCCCCAGCCCGUCGCGCGCUCGUCCCUGCUGCACAAGGUGCUGAGCCACCUUUCAGAGAAUGGAAAGACCCGCGCAGAGCUCCUCCAGCUUCUGCUCAUGGUUCUCUCGGAAGGCACUGGGAAUACCAGUGCGGUAGACCGCUCUUUUUCCGCGAUGAGCUCUAAAGCGGCGCGUGCGCUGAGCACGCCGCAGCGCACGCCCAAACGCGCCCUGCCUUGUGCACGGCAGUCUGCGCCGCUCUCGCUGAUCGGGGAGGAAGCGCCGCAUUUGAUUGCCGCGCGCACCAUCGAGACGCUCUCGAGCCUUGUGCAUGCCAAUGACCACGUCGCGCUCUUCUUCCUCACCGACGAUAUCCGCGGCAAACGACGCGGGAAAGGCGAAGUACGCACGCCGGUGAAUGUGCUCUUAACGCUGCUGGAGAAAGACUCGAUCCUCUCCAGCGUCCAGCUUGUCGACGCGCUUAUCGCGCUCCUCAAUGCCGUCACGAGACCGCUGAGCGCUGCGCGGAAGGACGAGGGAGCGAUGCUUGGUGCUACGUUAGGGGGGCAGUACCACAGCGCAGAAGUCGCGCCUGUGCCGGCAGAGCAUCUCAGCGAUAUUGUGCGGCCACUGCGCACGGCCAUGUCCUCGCGUGGGUUCCAGAAUACGCUCAGCGUCGCUGCACACCUCGCACGACUUCGAGGCGCGCGCGACGUGCUUAGCGAUGCGCUCCAGCAAGAAGCAAACGCUGCCUCUGCGCUGCUGGUCACCGACUUGGACGUGCUUAUCCAGUCGCUGCCGCCCGCAGCAGCGCAGGCAGCGUCGCCGCCGCGCAUGCCUUCCUCGCCGCUGGCCAAGCUCGCAAGUCCAACGAGUGCACAGGCGCGGUUUCUCCGGUGCCUUCGCGCGCUGGACUACUUGUACAUGGGCAAAUAG